CAGCACCGGCCUUUCAGUAGUCCUUCCGGGUCGCAAGCCGCAAGCAUGGCGUGUUUUGAGAAGAACAUGUGAGUUUCUGUGGAUGGAUGUGAACAGAUCAGAACUACUACUGGAUAAAUAUCUUGAGCCCGUUUGGAGAAUAUUUAUUAAACUUGGCUAUACCGACUCCUAGCAACUGAAUCAUGGCGUCCAUGGAGGAGGAUUUUCCUCGUGGAGGCUCCGGUAAAACCGCCCCUGAAGCAAAAACUGCAAAAACUCGUGUGGAGGUGGAUAAUCUCUUUGAAGUUCGAGAGCCAGCCAAGAAGAAGAAGAAGGAAAGCAAAACAACAGAAAAUGUGAAGGCAGAUAAAGAUAAAAAUGAAAAGAAGAAGAAAGAUGGAGGUGCUCUGAAACUGAACACUCCUACUGAUGUGGAUAUCCUUCAUUUAAAGAAUCUGAAAAUCGGCACUGCAAUGCUUGGCUGUGUGAAGGAGAUUUCAGAUUUUGAGAUUGUUGUGGGUCUUCCCAGCGGGCUCAGAGGGUUUCUUCCCAUUUCUAGUAUCUGUGACUCCUACAAUGAAUUGCUUACUAAGAACCUGGACUCCGGCAAUGAUCUAGAGACUGUCUCGUCCUCCGAACUUCUUGUCCUGGGCCAGCUGGUCAGAUGCGUGGUGUCAUCUUUGGGCACAUCCAAACAGGGCUUUGCCUGUAUUAAAGUCUCCAUCAACCCUAAAGAGGUCAACAAGGACCUGAGCUCCAGCUCUCUGAAAGCUGGAAUGACUCUUGGUGCCUGUGUGGAGAGCAUUGAGGACCAUGGUUACCUUAUAGACAUUGGAGUCGCAGGAACCAAAGCCUUUUUACCCAAAGACAAAGAAAAUGAAGCCAAGUCACCCAAAGAUCUGAAUGUGGGUCGGUAUAUGACUGUUCUGGUGACGGAGGUGAAGAACGGAGGUCGGGUGGUGCGCGUCUCUGUGAACCCUGAGAAGGUCAGUCAGGCCUGUGCUGGACCCCAGCAUGGCUGGACCCUGAGCAAUCUACUCCCUGGACUUCUGGUCCAAGCUCGCAUCAAGAAGGUGACUCUUCAUGGACUGAUUGUUACUUUCCUCUCAUCUUACACUGGUGUGGUGGACUUUAUGCACAUCGACCCAGACAAAGCAUCAAAGUACAGCGUAGGUGACGAGGUGAAAGCCCGUGUUGUCUAUACGGAACCCUCCACUCGCCAUGUGAGCCUUUCUCUGCGCAGCCACCUUCUGCCACCAGAGGGCGAUGUGUUGAACGCUGCAUCCAUUGUCCAAGUAGGAACAGUGAUUGAUGGUUGCAAGAUGACUGCUGUCCAUUACCACUCUGGAGCCAUAAUGGAGCUGCCUGAUGGAAACGUUGCCUUCGUACACAAAUACCAAAUGAAGGAAUCCAGUGAAGAGUAUAACCCCAACCGACUGCUUGCUGAGCCUAAGCACAACCUGAGAAUUACAGACUACAGCCCACUGGAGCAGAUCCACAUAGCAACACUGCGCAAGAGCAUCAUUAAAACGACCUACUUCAGCCAUCAGGACAUUAAAGUGGGGCAGUUGAUCGAGUGUACAGUUCUGAGUGUGGAGAAAUACGGCGUGCAUGUGAAGAUUUCCGACCACAUUAAAGCAAUGGUUCCCAAAGUUCAUCUGGCCGACGUCACCCUGACCAACCCAGAAAAGAAGUUCAAAGUGGACAUGAGGAUCCAAUGCCGGGUUUUGUCAGUGGAUGUUGCAAACAGGAAAAUCAUCCUGACCAGGAAGAAAUCCCUGAUUGAGUCUCCGCUGCCAGUCCUGGCCUUGUACUCAGACGCCCGUGUGGGCCUCAUCACUCACGGCGUCAUUGUCUGCAUUAAGGACUUUGGCUGCAUCGUGCGUUUCUACGGAGAUGUAAAAGGCCUGGUACCAAAGACGGAGAUGACUACGGAUUCCAGCGCCAAUCCUCAGAGUCUCUUUUAUGUUGGACAGGUGGUUAAAGCCAAAGUGUUGCGGUGUGACGUCGAACUCGAGAAACUGGUUCUUUCUUUCAGAGCAGUGACCCAAGCAGAUGUGGAAGCGGUCAAUUCUGCCAAGUUUGACUUUGAAGUUGGAAAGAAAGUAGAAGCAGUAGUACUGAAGAAAGACCUGACUGGUCUUCACGUGUCCAUCCUUCCAGACGAGGUUCCAGCUCUGCUUCCCAUGAUUCAACUCUCCGACCACUCGACCAACUGGCCACUGCUGUGGGAUGGGCUACAGGAGGGAGACCUCAUCUCCAACGUUGUGUGUCUAAGCAAGAACAAGCAAGGCAUUACUCUCAGUAAGAAGCCCAUGCUAGUAGCAGCUUUGAGUAAGGAUGACGUUGUCAAGUCCUUUUCAGAGCUGCAGGUGGGGAUGAUUAUGGUGGGCUGGGUGAAGGACAUCAUGCCUUAUGGAGUGUUUGUCCAUUUUCCUCACAACCUCUUUGGCCUGGCACCUUCAGCUGCCAUAAGCGAUAAAUUCAUCCCAGGCACUGAAGGUUUGUUCCAGGUGGGUCAGACUGUGCUGGCUAAGGUGACUAACCUGGAUGAGGAGAAACACAGGUUUCUGGUUAGUCUGAAGGAAUCUGAGGUGAUCUUUUCUAAGGAAGAAGCCCAGGCGAGGCUGUUCCAGGGUCAGAGCGAGAGGAGGGCGGCCUACGAAAUGAAGACCAAUAGAGAUGCCCUGCUAGAGGAGCUCUCCACUGUGACACUAGGGGAUAAAUUAAAGCUGACUGUUGGAGACACCACAGAGGAUGGCUCAGUCAACCUGACCUCAGACCAGUUUAAAAAUGUCACAGUGCAGGCCUCCGCUCACCACGCAGAAGGUGUGAACGCCACCCCUGGUUGCAAGGUAACUGUUGUGGUUUUGCACGUUGACCUUCUGGCCUCUCAAAUUCAUGUGUCCCUCCUGCCGGAGCUCACUGUCAAAAAGAAAACGUUGGAAAAAGGCUCUCAGCAUACCGCCACAGUCCAAUACGUGGACAAAGAUUUUGCAGUUAUCUCACUGGGGGACACUGGUCACCUGACUGUGAUUUCCAGUACCUCCCACUUAAACGAAGUCUUCCGCUUUGAGUCAGAAAAACUGAGCGUGGGCAGCACCCUGCCUGUCACGGUAACCAAGCUCAAAUGCAAGGACCUCGGAGAACGAGUUCUUGUAACUGUUACUGGAAAACCCGGACCCACCACACGUCAACGUACAACAUCUGAGAGCCUGACUCCCAAACACAGUUACAACAUUGGGGAUGUGGUGACCGCUAAGAUCAGAACAAUCAAACCCACGCAUGUCCUCGUGGACUUGAAGGACGGGGUUUCUGGGAGUAUCCAUGUCUCCGAAAUUCAGGAGUCGCCAGAAGUGGGCAGCUUCCCGACAUCAUCUCUGAGGGUUGGCACUGAAGUCAAGGCGAGGGUCAUCGGUGGCCGUGAAGUCCAUGCCCACAACUUCCUGCCCUUCAGUCAUCCCAACUUCACAUUCUCUCUGCCUGAGCUCACACUUCUCCCUAGUAAACUGGAUGCGGAUGCCCAAUCGAUAAAGACACUAGCCAAACUGCAAGACUACAAACCAGGAGAUGAAAUAAAAUGCUUCGUAUCCAAAUACAGAGAACAGAAGACCUGUCUGGAGCUCUUCGUGUCUCCAGGAAUCCUGGGUAAAGCUGAGCUGCUGGCUAUGAUCAGCAAGCCUGGAGAUGCUAAUCGUCCACAAAAGCUCUUCAAAAUCGGCCAGUGUAUCAAGGCAAAAGUGGUGAACGUACUCACCAAGAACUGGAAGGGCCUCGUCCUUUCUCUUACAGGGACACACAAGCUGGAGGUGGGAGCUGUUAUCAUGGGUUCGGUACAGAAAAUCAACCCCCAAAGGGGACUGGCUCUAAAGCUGCCAUUUGGAAAGUUUGGCUUUGCUUUCCCAACUGAUCUGUCAGACACGUACACAGAAAACCCAUUGGAAAACUAUAAAGAAGGACAGGUGGUCAGAUGCUGUGUUUUGGAGGAAAAAGAUAAAAAAAUCGAUUUGUCUUUACGUCUGUCCAGAACCAAUGCAAGGAAGGGCUUGCCAGUUAAAGACAAGGAAAUUACCUCCAUCUCCGAGUUAAAGGAGGGACAGGUUAUCCGAGGCUAUGUACAUAACGUGGGAGGAAAAGGUGUCUUUGUCAGUUUAUCAAGAUCAAUCACUGGCAGAGCCCUGUUCCGGCACGCCACCAGCUACUUCGUGGAUGAUAACACAAAAUUUGAGGAAUAUAUCCCCCGGAAUACACUGGUGACGGCCAAAAUUCUCCAUAUCGAUGUAGAGAGCUGCUGCGUGGGCCUCUCCCUUCUCCCAGAAGACACUGGGGCGCCUGACGUGCUCCCAGAAUCCCUUGGGCUCCGUCUGCGGCAGAAGCAGACGCAGAAGGAGGAGGAGUACUGCAAGUUCCUUGAAAAGAGAAAGCGCAAGAUCUCAGAGAGCCAGCAGGAAGAAGCUCGGGAAAAGAAAAAGCCAAAGGAGGAAAAGAAAUCUCAGGCUGAGGACCGUGACAGUGGAGUGGAUGUGUAUUUUAGAGAAGAGGAAACAGCUAAACAGAAGAAAAAGGGCAAAAGGGAGGCAGAAGAAAAAGGCAGGCUGCAGGUAGCAUCUACUUUCUCCUGGGACACAAAGCUGAACUCCCUCAAACCGGCCACUGCUGCUGAAAACGCGUUCGAGUCCAGUGACGAUGAACAGGACAGUCAGAGCAAGCCAGCGAAGAGGUCUCGGCAGGAGAUGGAGCAGGAGCGUAAGCAGGCGGAGCAGAAUUUGAGCCGCUUGGAGGCGGAGCAGAUGGACCCCUCGGCUCGGCCGGAGAGUUCAGGGGCGUUCGAGCGUCUGCUCCUCUCCUCACCGGACAGCUCACUGCUCUGGCUGCAGUACAUGGCCUUCCACCUGCAGGCCACACAGAUCGAGCAGGCUCGUGCUGUGGCUGAGAGAGCUAUUAAAACCAUCUCCUUCAGGGAGGAGCAGGAGAAGCUGAAUGUGUGGGUGGCACUGCUAAACCUGGAGAACAUGUACGGCACGGAGGAGAGCCUGCAGAAAGUGUUCGAGCGAGCCGUUCAGUACUGUGAACCCAUGCCUGUGUACCAGCAGCUGGCAGACAUUUACGCCAAGUCCAACAAGAUGAAGGAAGCAGAGAGCUUGUAUAAGAACAUGGUGAAGCGCUUCAAGCAGGAGAAGGCUGUAUGGCAGAGUUAUGGAUCCUUCCUUUUGCAGCAGGGACAGAGUGAUGCUGCUAAUGCUCUCCUCCAGAGAGCGCUCCAGAGCCUUUCCAACAAAGACCAUGUGGACUUGAUCACCAAAUUUGCUCGGCUAGAGUUUCAGUAUGGCAGCAAGGACCGAGGCAAAGCCAUGUUGGACAAGGUUCUCAGCAGCUACCCCAAACGCACGGAUCUGUGGUCUGUCUUCAUAGACUUGAUGGUAAAGCACGGCUCCCAGAAAGAAGUCAGGGACCUGUUUGACCGGGUGAUUCAUCUAAGUGCCUCAGUAAAGAAGAUCAAGUUCUUUUUCAAGCGCUACCUGGACUAUGAGAAGCAGCAUGGAACACCUGAGAGCAUCCAGGCAGUUAAGCAGAAAGCCCUGGAGUAUGUGGAGGCUAAAGGAACUGAGGCCUCUUAGCCAGAACCAUGGAUUAGAGCUGAAAACAGGACUGUGUGUUUUUUUUUUUAGGUACCUUUUUUAGCGAGAACAGUAACCAUACAAAAAUUAAUAAACAAAAAAUCAGUUUCACUGGAAGGUGAUAACCAUAACAUUGUUUCGGCAUACUGUGAUAAAUGUUGUCUAACUUGCACAUUUUAUUACAAAGAUUAUAAUGAGUCCUGUUUAAGUGGAUGGAGUGCAACACGUUUCGAAUACACAUCAGUUCUUAGUACUAAGUUUGGGACAUUGUUUGAAUAGCAGUGUAUAAAAUCUGUCACUGCUGAUGCAUUUUGCAUCAAAAUGUGUCUAGAAAUUGUGAGAAUGUCUAUAAAUAUUAUGUUUAAUAUUUGUACCAUGUCGCUCAUCUGUAGUUGUGCUUAAAAAAAAAGAGAAAAUAUUGCUUGUACUGGUAGGUCUCAUUUUUUGUAAUAAAUCAAAUCUAUAUCAAA